AUGGGACCGUUACGAGACGAUGCCAGGCGCCGGGCAGACCGGCAAAUGAGCGCUAGUAUGAGACCUACUUCAGAUAGCCGUCCACUUUCAGAUCGUGUCCCCCCAAGAUUCAGAGAUGGAGACGAUGCCCAAAUUGAUUUUACAGCUCCACCGCAGGGUAUUGGUUCACGGGACGGUAACAUGCAUUAUAUGCAGCAGUCUCUAUUCUCUAUGAUUGCCGCCGUGGGAUCCAAAUCGGACUUUCAUGCUCGCUUUGAGGAAUCAAGCGACAGCGAUGGUGAGCCAGAGAACCUUCCGCAGGUGCGACAAAAGGGCGAAAAACCGUACUCUCCCACGCCCACACCUCGACCCGACCCACGCUUGCCAAUGGAAAGGUCAAAAACAAAACACUUGGAUGAUGUGGAAAGGGGACGUCGUCAUCAAAGGGCAAGAUCGGAUAACAGGCUCUCGCACACGGUAUCACAGUUGGAUUCACAUCCGGAGGGGAUGGAGUCAUCAAGCCCAGGCGGUUCGCUUCUUACCUUACCUUUGCGGCAAGCUCGAAGUGCAACACCACGGGCAGCUCCUGUUUUGAGCCGGAUGGUUGAAGCACAGACAAGUUUCGACUCUGCUAUAGCAACACCUCGUUCACCAUCGAAUCCACGAACUAUCCCGGCAGACCACCCUGAAACGUCUGCAUCAGCCCUCUCUACGCGGCUGAUGGAGAUGUUCGGAUUCGAAAAGCCCGAAAAGGUUUUGGUUGAGUACGCCUGUUCGCUGGUUCAGAGCAUGCUUCUCCAAGGGUACCUCUAUGUGACCGAGGGCCAUAUUUGCUUCUACGCCUACCUUCCGAAGAAAUCAAACGUGGCGAUAAAGUCCGGGUACCUAUACAAGUCCGGUCGGAAGAACCCUAGAUACGAUCGUUAUUGGUUCACUCUAAAGGGCGAUGUUCUUUCAUACUUCGCUGAUCCCUCCAAACUCUAUUUCCCUAGUGGACAUGUGGAUCUUCGAUAUGGAAUCUCUGCGUCUCUCGCCGAGCGCAAAGAUGGCGAGGUCAAAGAGUUCAAAGUCACUACUGAUCAAAGAACCUAUUAUUUCAGAGCUGAAAGUGCCACCAGUGCAAAGGAGUGGGUAAAGGCUCUCCAGAAGGUCAUUUUUCGAACCCACAACGAUGGCGAAAGUGUCAAGCUCUCAUUUCCCAUCGCAAAUGUCAUCGAUGUGGAAGAAAGCACAAUGGCCGAUCUCCCUGAGACAUUCAAGAUUCGAGUUCUAGACAGCGGAGAGUCAUUUGCGGUUGACGAGCACUUCUUCUCUUUCUUCGAGUCGGCACAAGACGCAUUCAGCUAUAUCAAAGAAUUGGUGGCCGCGGCAUCAAUCAAAAACCCCCUCGAAGAAGGCCUGGGCUUGCAGGGUUCACCAAACAGGGAGGAUCCGCUCGGGUCGAAUCGAAUCACCCACAAGAGACUGUCAAUCAGCAGUGUUCGUGUCUCAGAUCAAAGAAAGGAUGAUAUACCACCAAUGCGCAGCUCUAGUGCUGGAAACGAAAACCAAGACUCGACUGAUUCAUUCGCCGAGCCCGAGACUGGAUCCUCACCAAUCGUCCAUUCCAUGACAGAGACUACAACCACCGAAUCAGCGAGUCAAAUAUUGAACCGAAGUGAUGUUUUCCAAUCACCUACCAUGCGUAAUCUCCAAAGGCGUUCACCAGACGGACGAGAGACUGUCCAACGAUUCCCCGAUGACACGACACCUUCCGCUUCAACGCGUUUGGAUUUAGAAGGAGUGGUUCACCGCACACAGCAAGGCGAUGCAGCGGUCGCAGGAUAUGACCUCGGCCAGGCUAAACAAAUGCAGACUUCAGCGCCCAGUUCAACUGGCCAUCUGAACGAGCUUGCUAAAGCGGGUGCUUACCCCCUCCAACGCGCUGCUGGCUUGGCGGGAUACUUGAAAAGCCGUUCAAGACAGAUGAGUAGUCUGCUGGCAACCGAGUCCAUGGGCUACAUAGAAAAGGUCUCUGGCAUGUGGACUGGAAGUCAAAAGCAUUACGGAGAGCGGGAAGGGCCAUUGCUUGAGGAUCAAAAUGUCGAUCCUGAUGAUAAAGAAGGUGAUUUCAACUAUGGAGAUCGCUUCCGUGCUCACUUUGCCCUUCCAUCAACCGAGCGGCUACAAGCGACGUAUUUUGCCUAUUUGCACCGUGUGCUGCCCCUUUAUGGUAAGAUCUAUAUUAGCCAGAGAAAGCUAUGUUUCCGCAGCUUGCUCCCCGGCACUCGAACAAAGAUGAUUCUGCCUUUCAAAGACAUCGAGAACGUUGAAAAGGAGAAAGGGUUUCGUUUUGGCUACCAUGGUCUCGUUGUCAUCGUUCGUGGUCACGAGGAGCUGUUCUUUGAAUUUAGGCAGGCAGAUUCACGAGAUGACUGUGCCGUCACUCUCCAUCAAAAUUUGGAGUCUGUGAAGUACCUGGUUGAAUCCGGCUUGCUAGCAGAGGAGGAGCGAGAAGAGGUUGAGGCCGCCAAGGCUGAGCACCGCAUGCUUGAGGAAGCGAGAAUGGACCAUCCCGAGGAACAAGAUGCAUGCCCGACCCUGACUGAAGAAUCAUCGGAAAUCCAUCCCUUCUUCGAUGACCCUCGUGCUUCCAUUAUCAACUUCAAACCAGCUGGGUCUCUCAGGAUCACUUGUUUGACAAUCGGUUCUAGGGGCGAUGUUCAGCCAUACAUUGCGCUCUGCAAAGGCUUGAUCGCAGAGGGCCACAAACCUAAGAUCGCCACCCAUGCUGAGUUCGAGCCUUGGGUCCGGAAACACGGUAUUGACUUUGCUCCAGUCGAUGGUGAUCCAGCAGAGCUGAUGCGGAUCUGCGUGGAGAAUGGAAUGUUUACAGUCUCGUUCCUCAGAGAAGCCUCAUUGAAGUUCAGGGGAUGGAUUGAUGAUCUCUUGUCAUCGGCCUGGAAGAGCUGUCAAGGCAGCGAUCUUCUAAUUGAGUCUCCAAGUGCCAUGGCUGGAAUUCACAUUGCAGAGGCAUUGCGAAUCCCUUACUUCCGCGGCUUCACUAUGCCGUGGACAAGAACCCGUGCCUACCCGCAUGCUUUCGCGGUCCCAGAGAAUCGAAUGGGCGGAGCGUAUAAUUACAUCACGUACGUCAUGUUCGACACUGUCUUCUGGAAAGCCAUCGCAGGUCAAGUCAAUCGCUGGCGCGCCAACGAGUUGGGCUUGAAGGCUACAACUCUGGACAAAAUGCAGCCGAACAAGGUUCCAUUCUUGUACAAUUACUCACCAUCCGUUGUACCUCCACCACUUGACUACCCAGAUUGGAUUCGUAUCACUGGGUACUGGUUUUUGAACGAGGGCUCAGACUGGUCUCCGUCAGCCGAACUAUCAGACUUUAUCAAACGGGCUCGGGCAGACGACAAGAAGAUCGUGUACAUUGGAUUUGGCUCUAUCGUUGUUUCAGACCCUGCUGCCCUGACACGUACGGUCGUUGAAUCAGUCCUGAAAGCCGACGUCCGUUGUAUCCUUUCCAAGGGCUGGUCCGAUAGGCUCGGAGACCCGGCCAGCACCAGAACCGAAAUUCCACUGCCUCCAGAGAUUCACCAAAUCCAGUCUGCACCGCACGAUUGGCUAUUCUCUCAAAUCGAUGCUGCAGCACACCAUGGUGGCGCAGGAACCACUGGCGCGAGUCUUCGUGCCGGUGUCCCUACCAUCAUCAAGCCAUUCUUCGGAGACCAGUUCUUCUUCGGUGGCCGCGUGGAGGAUCUAGGUGUUGGCAUAUGCAUGAAAAAACUGAAUGUCAGUGUCUUCUCGCGGGCUCUAUGGGAGGCUACACAUAGCGAACGCAUGAUUGUCAAGGCCCGCAAUUUGGGCAUACAGAUUCGUAAUGAGGACGGCGUGGCCACUGCAAUCCAGGCCUUGUACCGUGAUCUCGAAUACGCCAAGACAUUGGUGCGACAAAGAUCGAGAGCCUCAUCCACACCCUUCUCUCCUACCCCCUCGGCCAAGGACUCUCCAGAUGGAGGCGAUGAUGACCUCGAUGACAUCGAAGAGUGGACCUUCGUUGGCGACGAGGGCGGCAUUGAUAUUUCCAAGCGGAUGCGUGAUCGAGCCGCUUCAGACGCCGAUAACAUGACUUCCAGAUGUUCUAAUGAUUUGUUUUGA